AUCAAACGAAUUUUAAAACUUGCAUUUUGUAAUGUACGUUAUUUUAUUGACUUGUAGUCAAAUUAAAAAUUGUUAGCAUUAUCCAGUUUAUCUUUACGUUUAAAAUAGAAUUCAUAUUGUAACGCAGAUCGUACUGUUUUUAAUGCUAUUAUAAUAGUUAAUUCUGAUGGUGACCAGUGGUGAAUCGAGUACUUUCAGGGUGUGAAGAAGAACUAUGUUUGUAAACAAAAAUGUCAAAGUAAAAUUUCCUGACCAAGACCUGGACGACUAUGUUCUCGAAAAUUCUGUCCUCAAAAGUAAGCUACAAAGUAAAAUCGACGCCCUUUCCAUAAUGGGCAAAGAAUUAGAUAAAUGUUGUAUGGAACGAGAUAAGUACAAAAUUUUAGUUGAACAAUUAAAAAGCAAAAAUGAUGUUAUACAUGAUUUGGACUAUAAAAUAAAUAUGCCUGACAGAUAUGCACCAACAAAUACUAUCAGUGGAGGAGAGAUACUGGCCAAAAUCAAAGAACAUAAUAACAUAUUAAAGAUAGAGGUAGAGACAUUAAGGAGUAAAUUGGAUGAGGCUACAGGUGACAUAGUCGCACUGAGAAAACAACUACAGAAAAAUAUGUUAACCAGUGUUACAAGUGAUCACAAGAAAUCAUCAUGUGAAGACACAUAUUCCAUUUUAGAUUAUGAACAUUUAGUUCAAGAGCUAGAGAAAAUACAAAAAAAGUACAAGCAAAUUCAAAUGGAUUAUCGGGCUACCUUGGAUGAAAAGGAAGAAUUGGUGUCUGACCGAGAUUAUUACAAAACCAAAGUGCAAAGAUUGAACCAUCAAAUAAGCUUUCUUCUUACAAAUAGAAUAAAAAAUUCAUCAGAUGGUGAUGAUAAUUCUCCUAAACCCAUCGUUGAUAUUGAUGCAAUGGUUAUGGAAAAUAAAUACCUGAAUGAAAGGAUUGCUCAACUUCAAAUUGAAAAGGAAUUAGUGAAAAGAACACUGACUAAAUAUAAAAGUUUACUUGAUGGUAGGAGCAAAAAUGACACAUUGAAUUUUAGAAAAGGAUUUGCUGAUGUUAUGACACAGAAGCAAGUUCGGGAAUAUCUUAACAUAAAUUCAAAGUCUAGCCUUAAAAGAUCUUCAGUGACAGAAUUAAAAUCACUAUGCUUGGGUUUGUUUGAAGCAUUGAAUGACAAAUCUAUUGCAUUACAGCAUCAAAGGAAAACCAACCAAAUUUUAGCAAAUCGAAUAUCAGAAUUAGAGAAAACAAUGGAAAGUUGGUGUAAUGGCCAAAAAUGUAUCCCUAUAUUUCCAUCACAGAUACUUAUGGAGGAAUUUCUUAAUGACUCUGCUUCUAUCAAAUCUGACGAAUCUAAAGAGAAAUCAGAAAGGGAGCAAAAUAAUACUGCCAAAGCUAAUUAUUCUGAUAGUGAUGAUAGUAGUAGCGCAAAAGAUGUUACUUGCGAAAAUAGCAGCAGUGAAAGAAGUAUUUCAAAAAUUAUUCUUCCAGAAGAACUUGAACUGUUAGUGAAAGAGGCUCUUGCAGAAAUGAAAUCUGCAGACUGAAAAUACAUCAUAAUAUAUAUAUUCUAAGAAAUUCAUGCACACAAAUAUAAAAUGUAACUAAGUAAUAUAUCCAUAUAGAAAAAGGAUUUAUUCCAUCAUAGGUAUGUACCUAAUUAAUUUUACCAGAGCUUUAAUUUUUACCAAAGAUAUAUGUAUAAUUUCAAGACAAAUAUAGUGCUUUUUAGUUUUAAACUUUAUAUCAUCUAGUCAUUGUUAUGUAAAUAUUAUUUCGAUUUUAUUUCUGUUGUAUCAUAUUAAUCCAAUAAUAAAACUUCAGUUAAACA